GAUGUCGCAAAAAUCCUGGAUUCAUUUUCAUUCCUUUCAAAUCGAACACAACAUCCAUGGUGUGUUUUUCCUUAUCGUUUAGCAUCAGAUGUUUUUGUUGGCUUCAGAUGUCUCAACUGUUGUGCAGUUGUUUGAGACACUUGCGUGCUCUGAAAGUAAGGUUUGCAAAAACAUGUUUUACAGUAAGCUGCAACACUUCGAGGUUUCACUUCCUCUCUGUUAAUACGUCAUUUAUAUUGAUAUAACACCGUCCUGCGGCUGCACCAGAGCGAGCUGUUUCUUUCACACCUGGGCCACUCGCACUCACAGAAAAUGAAAGCCGUUGAAGUACAGUUCUCUCUUUUUUACAUUUAGAUGAUUCUCAUAGCAAAGUAGCGCAGCUGUAGAAAAAGUCUUUUGGCGGUAUUCCUGCAUCAUGAAAACGUGCCCGGAGGAAAUCAAACCAAAGCUAACGAGUGAGCAAAUGGUGAUGAGCCUGCGGGUGUCGGAGCUACAGGUGCUACUGGGUUAUGCUGGGCGCAACAAGCACGGACGCAAACACGAGCUGCUGACCAAGGCGCUGUAUCUGCUGAAGGCCGGCUGCAGCCCCGCCGUGCACAUGAAGAUCAAAGAGCUCUACAGACGGCGCUUUCCUGCCAAAAUGGUGUCCCACUCAGAAAUGGCCCUGCCUGGACCGCACCACCCUGCCACAGCUGGAAUGGUUGGUGGAGGGGGCGCCGCGCUGCCAGCCGGCCUGACACAGCUGGCUUACGAGGGUCAUGCCGGUCACGGUGGAGCCCCGUCACCCGCUGCCCUGCUGCCCCUCUCACUGCUCGGCCCUGGGAAACAUGAGCUGACUGGACUGACGCAUCAUCUACCGGCCUCAGCCACACUGCACCCGGUCCAUCCAGAUGUCAAGCUCCAGAGGCUCCCCUUCUACGACAUGCUGGACGAGCUCAUCAAGCCCACGAGUCUAGGUGAGGAAAGAUCUUCAGACAACAGCCAGCGGUUUCAGGAGACGUGUUUCGCCUUCGCAUUAACGCCACAGCAAGUCCAGCAGAUCAGCAGCUCAAUGGACAUCUCGGGGACCAAAUGUGAUUUCUCAGUUCAAGUUCAGUUGCGGUUUUGCCUGUCGGAGACGAGCUGUCCUCAGGAAGACCACUUUCCCCCCAACCUCUGUGUGAAAGUCAACGGGAAGCCAUGUAACCUGCCGGGUUAUCUUCCUCCAACCAAAAACGGUGUCGAGCCCAAGCGGCCCAGCAGGGCCAUCAACAUUACCUCACUGGUCAGAUUGUCCACCACUGUCCCAAAUACCAUCGUGGUUUCAUGGACCGCGGAAAUCGGAAGGAGUUACUCCAUGGCAGUGUACCUGGUGAAGCAGCAGUCGUCCACAGCGUUGUUGCAGAGACUACGGGCGAAAGGCAUCAGAAACCCAGACCACUCCAGAGCGCUCAUCAAAGAGAAGCUAACAGCCGACCCAGACAGUGAAAUAGCCACAACCAGCCUUCGAGUGUCGCUGCUGUGCCCGCUGGGGAAGAUGCGGCUGAUGAUCCCAUGCCGGGCGCUGACAUGCUCCCACCUGCAGUGCUUUGACGCCACGCUCUACAUCCAGAUGAACGAGAAGAAGCCCACCUGGGUUUGUCCUGUGUGCGACAAGAAGGGUCCAUAUGAACAUCUCAUCAUCGACGGGCUUUUCGUGGAGAUCCUCAACAGCUGCUUGGACUGUGAUGAGAUCCAGUUUAAAGAGGAUGGCAGCUGGGCCCCCAUGAGGUCAAAGAAGGAAGUGCAGGAGGUGUCGUCUGGUUCUUACAACGGGGUGGACGGUUCGUGCCGGACGUCCUCGGGUUCAGAUCAGCGGAGCUCCUCGUCGUCCAGCCACGGCGACGGCGGCAGCAACUGCAAGAAAGUGGAAGUGAUCGAUUUGACACUGGACAGCUCCUCAGACGAGGAAGAGCAGGAUUCAUCGUCGCCGCCACCUCCGGCCCCUCCGGCCAAAAGGCCGUGUCCCUCCAUGUCUCCGACCUCGCCGCCCAUCAGCACCAAAGGAGUGUUAAACCUGCACCACCAGGCCUCUCCUGUGAGCUGCACCCCCACUAUGCCAGCGAUGGACACGAGCUACAUCCCCCCUGUACCCCCACUUAUCCAGGAUUACAGGCCCUACUACCACCAACCCAACGACCUCUCAGAGUUGAACUUCUUCUCUUUUCUUCAAGGGGACAAUCAUCAGCAUUACAACAUGGUGAUGGCAGCAGCGGCCGCCGCUUCGGCCUCGGACGACCACGACCUGCUGCUCAACCGCUUCCUGCCCUACAGCACCACCACCUCCUCCUCCGCCUCCCAGCUGUUCCUCGACCAAUCGGGAGCCUCGUCGGCCGCCUCGCUGACCGCGCCGACCAACGGGGCGAGCAGCUCGGGCAGCAGCAGCAGCCUGGUGUCGUCCAGCAGCCUCCGCGACACUCACUCCACGCACUCGUCUUCACACUCGGGCUCGCACUCCUCACACACACACCCCGGAGCGGUGGCCGGCCGGAGCAGCGCGGAAGCAGCAGUGGCAGCUAUUUACGGCGGAAUCCCCGACGUCAUAUCGUUGGACUGACUGGAAAAGAGUCAUGGACACCAGUUGGGUCCGGAUACGAUCCAGUAACAAACCACAUCACAGACAGUUUGACUGCAGGGUGACGUGUUGAUCCAGAAACUAGACUGGACCCCCCCCUGAGUGUUUGUGGAGUCGUGAUGACGAGGCUGCCUGACGAAGAGCACUAAUGUAAUGACUGGGUGAUCUGGGGGUUCCCUUCACGACACUGACCUGAGGACAGGACCGAGUUCAUCAGUGACAAUGUGUCGGUGAACUGACCUCAGAGCAGCAACCGUCACACUGGUGCCGUGGUACCAACCUGGCACAAAGCAGCGAAGACGCUGCCUGAGCAGAAACACAAAGGAGGAGGCGACGGCUCUUUUUUACGGAAGCGAGGAGCGGCCCCGUGUACAGAGAACAAAAUAUAUUUUCCUCUUUUACUUUUGUAUGUUAAACCUGAACAUUCACAGUCGAGUGGGCUGCUUCUGCCGCCAUUUCAAAGAAGAGGACUUUUUCACAAAGCUUAUACAUAUGCCUGUUGCCAUGUGGUUUUAUUUCUCUUCCUCUUUUGUCUCUAUCCUGUUUGCGUUUCUCCAUUUUUAACUUCAAGUCUCUUCCUCUCAUGCUCAUUCUUAAACUGUUUUGUUUCAAUGACAAGAAGUUUUCAGAGGCUGAAUUUACGGUUUAUUCAUAUACUAAUAAUUUUAUUACGCUUUUAAGUUAUGUAUGAUAUUUAAACAGUUUAUGCACACAUAUAUAUAUAUAUAUGUGUGUGUGUCUGUGUGUGCAUUCCCUUUGACCUUCAGGUUAAUGCUGUGGGGAGUGUGUAGGUGGAAAUUAGCCAUUUCUGGUUUUUCACUUCUUAAUUUCCAGACUCAGCAAACAGAGACUUUUAGACUAUUUAUAUUUACCAGUUACAAUUUUGAGCUGGAACUUUCUUUUGCAAUUUAUUUUUAAUUUUUUGCCAAAAUGCCAAAAAAAUAAUACACGGUACCUAUGAACAGUGAUCACAAUAAUCAGAGUGCAGUUGCAUCUGUGUGUUGCCACAGUGUUUUCAGUCCAGUGUCCAGACACUUUUACCUUCGUCCUUUUUGUCUCUCGUCUUCUGGUUUUGUGUUUUCUCUGCUGAACUGUUAAGAAGUAAUUAGGACAGACGUCAGUAUGUUGUAGCAGCGUCCUUUUGAAGAGACAGGCUUUCCCUGACAUGUGCCACAGCUUCACUGGAGCAGGCGACCCAGUUCAAACUAGUGCCGGUUCAGAGUAAUGUUUUCAAAUGAAUGUCUCAUAUGGUCACCCACCACAACCGAGGCCCCCCUCUCUGUCUGAGCAAAAACUUGAGCUGCGAUUGAUUUCUGACUCUGGAAUUAUCUUUUGGGGGGAAAAGCGAAGAAUGAGCAUAAGCAGGAUGUUGGUGCCAGAGUGAAAGCGGCCUGAUCUUAGCAUAUCAACGUAGACUGUGCACAGAGCCUGUUGGUUUAAAAAUACAUGACCUGUCUGGAGCCUGAAACACUCCGGGAGAUAAGUCAGGGUACGAUGUGGACGUGUCAAAGCGAGGUGGAGGUUUUCAGGAUUCCUCCCCGUUGUGGCCAUUCAGCUGAAAAAUGUCGGGUCUGCUCACGAAUGUAUUGUACGAUUUUAAGAGUCGACCAACUUUUGUUCCUGCUUUCAUUACAGUUAAUAUAGACCCACUGUGGUCUGGUCACGUGACGUGCAGUUAAACCUGGAACACCUCCCAUAUCCCCCUGUCCACCUCCACCUCCUCCUCCUCCUCCUCCUGCUGCCUGUGCGUCCUUGAAACUUUCCCAGAGUCCCGUCUUAUCAGCUUCUCCUCAAUCGCCCACUCGCGGACGUCCGAGACAGGCAGCUCACGUCAAAGCCUAAUUAUCCCGACCACGAUAACUUAAUCACCUCUGACAGCAGCCCCGUGACCUGACGUCCCCUGUCCCGUCCUAACUCAGCGCUGCAGACGACCUAGCAUUACCUCCAGCUCAUCCCUCCCUCCCUCGCUCGUUCGCUCCCCCUCCCCCCCCUCCCUCACUCUUGUUAUCUUUUGACUUUCCUCCUCGUCCUCUCAUUGGAACCGAACCCCAGUGGCUCUCAAACCGACUGAAUCGUUUGCCGGAAACAAGUCUCGUGUAUUUCCUGUGUUGUCCAGUGUUUUAUUUAUUUCGUCAUCCUAUUUCUAUAUAUUAUAUUUUUUACAUUAAGUGUUGGAUGUCCGUGGGUGAGCGCGUGAGUCGGCUGUUGCAAUGUGAUUUUAUUUAAGAGGCGUUUUUGUUAUUAUUUACCAGCGGAGCGAUUUUGCAACAAGGUCUCGUUCAGUUGUUUGUCUUGGAAACAUCUCCGAGUAUUGACUUGGGUAACGUUUUAUAAUAAGGGCACCAAACGCAUGCUUAAUUAAUACGCGUAUGACUCAUGAUGUUAUAAUGGGUGAAUUAAUUCAGGGUGUAUUAUAAAAUUUGUCGCUCACCAUUAGCGAGGAGUCAGCGUGAGUUUGUGUGAUUAGGUAAAACCUGAUGAUUCGUUGAUUAGCUAUCUUCAUUUAUUGAUUUUAUUGCCACCAAAUUAGCUUUUGAGGCUAUUUUCUAAAUCAAAUUGUUUGUCAGAUGAAAACAUGAACGUGUUGCUGAAAGAACCUCGAGUUAACAGCUGGGUUAUCAUGAAGAUGUGAACCUGACAUGAGUCAUUCAUCCUACUUACUCUCGAAAAUUGGCUCUGGACAUUCUUCUGGACUUUCACAUAAAGAACUCAGUAGGAGAUGGUGCGGUUCAGACAAAGCUAACACAACAGGAAAUGAAAAAUACCAUGAUGUAUAAAUCCUGCUGCGGAUAUUCAUGUUUUUGUGUACCGCACUUCUACGUGGCCAAAAGCUCUAGAAGGUCAUGUCUUUCAAAGUUGACAUUUUUGUCAGCGUAUUGUACAUGAGUAUCUUUUCAUCCUAAAAUAUUCAUCUUAUUUCAACAACAACAUUAAAUCUAGAAGGGAUCUCGGCGAGCGCAUCACCAAGGCUCACGUCUUAUAUCAAAAUGUUAAAGAAUCUGGAUCAUUCACUCCAAAAGUAAAAAGGUUCUUCCUCUACUCGAACCACACCCAUUCACCAAGUUUCAAGAAAAUCUCUGCUCUGUAUUUUGUGCGAGCGGAUUUUGAGCUUAAGCUGCUUGUUGGAGAUAAUUCUACAGAUGAAAUUAAGACCAAUCCCUCGCUAGCUUGUUAAUGUGACCCAGAGAAAGACGACUGGUUCUCUCAGCAACAUGUCCAUGUUUGUCCCUGACUGAGCUUCAUCACUGGAUUCCAGUUAAAUUAAAAAUGAACGAGUUAAGUGAUGAUCUCUCGAGUCUGAACUAAUCACAUGAACCUGCGUGCUGGUGCCUUUAUUAUUAAUGUCCCCGUGACUCGCUUUACUCAGGAGGACGUCGAUCCUUUUCGUUUCCAUCGCGUCAGUUGAACAUUAAUCACCAGUGUUUGGAUGCACAGUUAAUGAUUUAAUUUAUUUAAUCUUUCUUCAGAGUCUUCAUGCAGUAGAUCACUCAAAUGGAGUGUGAGACCUUUCUGAAUGUGUUUCUGUUGAAGUGCUCUAAACACUCUGUCCUCUCCCGGUGCAUCGUGUUUCACCGAGCGUUCACAGCUCCCUCCUGUGGCUCCUGCUGGGUGGUUUUAGGGAGAAGCAGUCGUUGUUGUGCGGGUGGGGUUUCUCCUCCUUUCAUUCUCUGACUAAUGUCUGUGAGAAAAGUUGCAGUGAUGGAAAAGCACAAGGCUCAGUCCCUCUGAACCUGCAGUUUAUACACACAGCAUACUUCUCAGCAGCUUGUGUGCAAUUCUGUUUGAGGACACAGGGACAAAGUUUUAUCAGUAGUUGCUCUUAACUGUGUUUUUAAGAGCUCGGCAAGCGGCUCAAAUCUUCAGAUGUCAUCACGUCUCCGUAGAUAAAAGGGAAAAGCUCAACAAUGUGUAUAUUAUGUCUGUAUGGAAACCUGACACCUGAAAGUUCAGAUCCACACGUGUGUAUUUGAUGUCCGUUUGUACGCUUUUUUUUGUGUGUGUCAAUUCAGAGCGAAAGAAUAAAUUAAUUUAUAUAUUUUUGGGAAAAAUGAAAGCUGCACGAUUAUGGAGAAAUAUAAAAAAAAGGACUGUGGCCAAUACAGAGUCUCACCAAAAGGGAAAUAAUCUCAAAGUCAGACUCAAGUCGGCAUCUGCACUCACUGCCUUAAAAACAUUCAUAGGUUCUGUUUCACAGCUCCGAUCCAAGGAGAAUCACAAACAAGGCAUUUGGAGGAGGGGGAUAGAAAAGACGGUGUACAGUAGACCCUUGUCAAUUUGUACAAAUAUACCAAGUGGAAAAAAAUAUUUAUUACCUGCAUUGGAAGAAAUUGUUUACUUAUUGAAUGUUACCUGUUUAUGUAGAAAAGUUUAGAUGUAAUAAAAUGCAUUCUGUUA